AUGGUCAAGAAGGUAUUCAAACUUAGUGCUACUCUCUUUGGCCAUGAGCAAGAUGUCAAGUCAGUUGCAGUAAUGAGUAACGAUGAGGUCGCUACCUGCUCGAGAGACGGGUCUGUGAGACUUUGGAAGAAGGGGAGCAACGACAUGUGGCAAGACACAAUUCUUUACAAGGUUGACGAAUUCAUUAACAGUCUAUGUUACGACAAACUUUCAAGGCUAUUGUAUUGUGGUGGCAAGGAUACUCUUAUCAACAGCAUAUCUCCUUUGCUUGGAGAACUAGGGCAGGAGCCAGAAUUUGUACUAGUUGGGCACAAGAGUAAUGUGUGUGCAUUGAACAGCUCUCAAGGGUAUAUCUUGAGUGGCAGCUGGGAUGCCACCGCUAAGGUUUGGUUCCAGGGUGCCCUGAAGCAUGAACUGGUUGGACAUAAGGCAUCCGUUUGGGAUGUUAAGAUGCUUCCCGAGGUAGGGUUCUAUCUAACAGCUUCAGCGGACGGGACCGUUAAGCUUUGGGAGGGCGAGAAAGUGCUCAAAACAUUCUCGAACCUUCACACAGAUGUGGUCAGGCAUUUGGAUAUCAGCCCAGAUGGGGAUCAGUUUGCCAGUUGUUCAAAUGAUGGUACUAUCAAAAUAAACGACAUGGACGGAAACACCCUGAGAACGCUCAAAGGCCAUGAAAGUUUUGUAUAUUGUGUGAAGUACACUCCCUGUGGUGGUCUUGUUAGCUGUGGCGAGGACAGAUCUGUAAGGGUUUGGGGGCCUGACGGCGCUGUCAAACAAGUGAUAAGAGUCCCCGCGGUUUCUGUUUGGGAUCUUGAUGUCCUGCCGAAUGGGGACAUAUUAGUUGGGUGCAGUGAUUCGUUGGCUAGAAUCUUUACCUGUCAUGAGGGUAGGGUUGCGCCGCAGCAAGAACUAGACACAUUCGCGAAAGAAGUCGAGCGUACUGCAAUCAGCUCUCAGACAAUGGGCUUUGACGAAUCAAAACUUUCUCCAAGCGAAGCUCUCUUGAACCCUGGCAAAGAGGGUCAGGUGAUAGUGGUUAAGAGUCCUAACGGGGUAAAUGAGGCGCACCAGUACACUCAGGGCGCAUGGACAAAAGUUGGCGAUGUUGUCAGUUCAGCUGGUAACGACAAGAAGAAAGAGUUCGAAGGCAAAAUGUAUGACUACGUUUUCGAUGUGGAUGUCACAGAGGGAGCGCCACCCCUUAAACUCCCCUUUAAUGCAAACGGCAAUGCAUACCAAGCUGCUGAUGACUUUCUUGCAAGAUAUGAGCUUCCCGCCAGUUACCGUGAAGAAGUUGUGCGUUUUUUGAUUACCAAUACUACAGGAGUGAGCCUUGAACAAGAUCAGAGUUCUACAUCAAACGGUCAGUCUAAUUCAAUACCACAAAGCAAGCCCAUGUCAGUUUUGCCUGUAAGAGAAUAUUUGGAUAUUCGGUCUUUUUCUCCUGACGCAAUUUUCAACGGCGUUGUAAAGUUGAAUGCUCAAGAAAGAUCAUUUGACGAUGAAGACUUGGCCGCUAUUGGAGCAGCGUUGCAUGAUGUCGAAGACAACUAUGAACUUCUGUUUGCCCAGGCCUCCAUAAUCCGUUCUUCGUGGUCCAACAAAAUUCCUGCAUAUGACAUCAUGAGACUUAUUGUGGAGUACUUGCCUCAUGCAGAUGCAAUGAGCGAGUUCAUAGAGGAAGGUUUGGGGUCCGCAAUGCCACAACUGGAAAUGUUAACGGUGCGGACUCUGGCUAACUGUUUCAAAAACAAGAAGUGGGGUACCGAGUUGAUGUCUAAAAACGCUGUCUAUGAUUCUGUGUUCCAGACCAUAGAACCCAAUCGUCCGCAAGCUUCUAAAACAGUUAACCUCGCCGUUUCCAUUGCCACUCUGAUAUUUAACUAUAGUGUUAUGAUCAUCAAAAGUGGAAAUCUUGAUUUGCUACCCACUGUUGCGGAUGCGCUGAAUAACAAAUUUGGGCCUUCGCAGAUGAUCCAAGACUCUGAAGAAGCAGCUUACAGAAUGCUUGUCGCUUACGGGAACCUAGCUACGGUCGAGCCAACGCUGCUACAAUUUGCGAAGUCGAUCGCGUGGAUUAAGCCUGUUAAAGAGAAGUACGGCCACCUUUCUAGGUUUAGUCAUGUUUUCGCAGACCUCUUAUAG